GUGGGAGUCGUCUUCACUUAUAUGUACAGGGAAAUAGUGAACCGGGCGAGAACACAGCACUGCUGAGGCGCCAUGUUCUAGUCAGAAUCUGCUGCUCUUUACCAUUUAGGUGUUGAGUAUAACCAGCGUGCUGCAGUCAUAUCUAUGUGCCAGCAAUAUUCUGCCUCUGCUGGGACGUUCUCUACCUAGUGCUGCCUUCCCUAGCUGGGUUCAGUUUGGUUUGAUCUACAAAUGAGUGCAGAACAGAAUAAACCACUUUAUGUCUGUGAAGUUUGUCAAGUGUUUUGCUCAUCAGCAUUACAUUUGAGUGACCACAUAGGUGGAUCAAAACACAGGAAUGCAAUAAAAGGAGAAUCACCUGAAUUCAUAGCAAAUUUGCAACGUCUACAGUAUUUUAUUGAUCAUUUUUUGAAAGAUGAACCUAUGAUUGGUCUUGAAUAUGUUGUUGAGUGUUUGAAGAAUGGUGCAUACUCAUACAGCUGCUUGCUGUGUAACACACAGACUCCAAGAGGAACCACCAUAUUGCAUCUAUGUGGAGCAAAACACAGAAAAGCUUAUCUGGAAAAACACCAUCCAGAAUUAUAUAGCAGCAUGGUGAGGCAACAGUUUUCUAAAAAGACGGAAUUCACACAACAGAUGAAAGCUAUUGCCUUACAAGUAGAACGCAUGCAUGGAAGAAAAAAUAUAUCGAUAGAGGCUGAUGUACAGAAUGAAAAAGAGGCUGAUGCAAACCAAUCUAAAGUGUCCUCAAAUCUGAUUACAGAAGAAAAUUCUCAACUGAAAGGAAUAUCACAUCAGAUUUCUUCAGAACGCAACAGUGGCAUAGGACGUAUUAUUGAAAAGAUUGAGAAAUCGAACCAGCUUGAAGCCUUCAAAACAAAUAAUGACUUUUUGGAUUACUUGCGAACUUUUGAAAUAAAAAAUGAUGGUGAUGCCUCAUUUAUUCAGCAAAUCACUAAGAACUGCACUAAAGCACUGAUGAAAUUUCGGGAAGACCAGACUAAAACUCAGGUUUUUUCCACAGUAACGAACAAUAAAAAAAGCUUUACAUCUGCACAAACUCCACCCAUUUUUCAGAACACUUGUGAAGCAACUGAAGCAUUUUUCAAUAGCAUCAAAAAUAUGAAUGCAUCAGAAGUUGUUGAAAUAUUAAAACAAAUUGCCGCUACAAACCCUGCUUUCCGAGGAAUUAAUAUACCAAGCCUUAUAAAAUACUUGCAAGAAACAGGAAGACUAAAGACUUCAUGACAAAAUAAACUGAAACGUUUACUUUGAAUUAUUUUUCUUAAUUCAUGAUUUUUUUUUUUUAUAUGUGACUUUAGAGUUUUUUUUUUCUUUCCCUUUGUGCUGGGUUUGGGAUUUUUUUUAACAUUUUUAAAUUCAAACCUGCAAUAAAGUGUUUAUAGUUAAUAAAUACAUUUAUAUAAGGGAAUUCAUAAAUAAUUUCAGUAAGUUAUUAACAGUCAUCUUAUUGUGGGUAACCUUAACUGGAACCAUUACCUUCUGUGUAAAAAAAAAAAAUAAUAAUAAUAGAGAGUACAUGCAACUUUGUCCGUGGUACAGAAAUGCUGAAAGGAAUCUGAUACCAAUUAUUUUCUGUGGAAUCGUUUUUGGCAUCUGGCAAAUAAGUUGUAACAGUGAAUGUCUCCCUGCACCAGACAGAAAAACUCAGCUUUUUUCUGUAUGGAUAUGGAUGCUGGACUGGAACAAAAAUGUCAAUCAGUCGAUAAUCUUUUUGUUUCCAAUUCAGCGAAUUUCUCAAAAAAUUUGUUUCAAAUUCGUUUCAGACCUGAAUCGAUUAUACACCAAUCAAAAAUGCUCCAGUUGGCCUGAAAGAUGGUAUUUGACAUGCUGACGUCAGAUUUUUUGGUGAAAAGAAAGAUGUUAUCUCUUUUUGUUAAUUUUUUUAUGACAUUUUGCUCUUCCUCGAUUACCUUAUUUCUAAAGUGGCUUUGUGUCUUAUAAAGCGAACACUAAUGAACAUUUCCAUUAUGAGUACUUACAUCAUUAGUAUUCAGGAGGAACGGGGAGCAGUGAGUGUAGUGCAACUAGCACUGACUGUACUAACUGCUCCUUGGUUUUCUUCCAGGUGCUGCACUGUGCUGUCUCUUGACUGCAUAUAACAUCAGGCCGUAGUGCAUAUAGGUGUGCACUAUGACCUGAUACUGUGAGACAUCAGGUCACAGUGCAGGGUGGUGCCUGCAGAAGACCAGGGAGCGGUGAUUGCAGGAAAAGUGCACUGAAUCUGCAGGGUAAGGGAGACAUCCAGAGCAGGAAAGGUGAUCUGAGGUCUGAUGAAAAUUGGGGGUCUUGAACUGAGAUCUGAGGUCAAGACUGGGAGA